CACACGAGCAGAAGAAGAAACUCUCAACAUGGGGAUUCGCCGCCAGCUGUGUUUUCUCGCGAGCUUGGUGCUUGCUAUUCACGCUGGACCGAUUUUAAAGCCUGCUUACAAAAAUAAAGCCAUUGCAAGGGAUUACCUGAGAAAAUUCUACAGUCUGAAAGAUUUAAUGGGCACUACUAAUUUUCGCCCAGAAGAAGAGAUCGAUCCACCGUCCGAUAAGCUGAAAGAGAUGCAGAAGUUUUUCGGGCUUAAGGUCACUGGAACUCUGAAUAAAGAAACACUGGAGGUGAUGAAGAAGCCCCGCUGUGGAGUUCCAGAUGUUGCUGCGUACUCCACAUUUGAAGGCAAACCCAAAUGGCAGAAAAACAAGCUCACCUACAGAAUCGUGAACUACACCCCUGACAUGUCAAAAGCUGAAGUGGAUGAAUCCAUGGAGAAAGCCCUGCAGGUCUGGGCCAAUGUCACUCCUCUGAGAUUCACCCGUAUCUACAAAGGCACAGCUGACAUCAUGAUCUCCUUUGCUACAAGUUAUCAUGGUGAUGCUUCCCCAUUUGAUGGACCACAAGGCACUUUGGCUCAUGCUUUUGCUCCUUCUCUUGGAAUCGGUGGAGAUGCACAUUUCGAUGAUGAUGAGUUUUUCACAUUCCGCUCAUCUAAAGGAUUUGUCCUGUUCUUGGUGGCCGCCCAUGAGUUUGGUCACUCUUUGGGUCUUUCUCAUUCCGACGUUCCUGGCGCUCUGAUGUUUCCCACAUACAGCUUUACUGAUCCGGAUCGUUUCUCUCUGUCCAGUGAUGACAUCAGAGGGAUUCAGUCGCUCUAUGGCACAAACAGAGACAUAACCCCCAUCCAACCUCAUCCAGAAGUACCAACAACUCCUAAGGCUUGUGACCCUAAUCUGAUCUUGGAUGCAGCUACAACUUUAAGGGGUGAAACAAUGUUCUUCAAGGACGGCUUUUUCUGGCGUAGAUCUCCGAGCAGAACUGUGACGCAACUUCCGAUCAAGAGUUUCUGGGCCAGCGCUCCGGAUAAUAUAGAUGCUGCUUACGAGGAUCCAGUGCAAGAUAAACUUUUCCUAUUCAAAGGUAAACAAGUCUGGGCAUUUAAUGGCAGCAAUCUUGAGCGCGGCUAUCCCAAGACUCUUAGCAGCUUUGGUCUGUCAUCAUUGGUGAGAAAAGUUAGUGCUGCCGUCUAUGACAAAAACUCAGGAAAAACACUGCUCUUUGUUGACAAGGUUUACUACAGCUAUGAUGAAAGGGCAAAGAAGAUGGACAGAGGAUAUCCCCAACAAGUGGAAAGUGGAUUUCCAGGGUUGACUGGAAAGGUUACAGCAGCCCACAUGUCUAAUGGUUACAUUUAUCUCUACAGUGGGAGAAAUGUGUAUGAGUUCGGAUACAUAGGCGGAGUUUCACUUUUAUGCAUGGGGGGAGGGCACCCACUGGCAGACGAGCCAAGAGCACUUUUUUAUGUGUUCUACAUUUCAUGUAUUUAUGUAACACAUAUUCUUAUCCGGCGUGAUGACGUCAUUACUGUGUCAGUGCCGGCACCGCCACACACUCGCGUCAUGGUACUGUUCGAGCAUGCCAACGCACCCGGUCCAGAGCAGGGAGGAGACGCACACUUUGACGAUGAUGAGAGGUGGACGCUAAGAUCACGAGGUAUAAACCUGCUUUUGGUGGCGGCUCAUGAAUUCGGACAUGCACUGGGACUAGAGCACUCCACAGACCCUUUGGCUCUCAUGUAUCCAACUUACCGUAUGUCAACACGAAUGGCUAUGCACUUCCUCGUGAUGACCGACUUGGGGUCCAGGCCCUGUCAGCAGUACUGGGCAGUAAAGGGCAACACUACUUUGCCUGGAUAUCCCAAACCCAUAUAUAAAUUCGGGUUUCCCAAAUACGUGAGAAAGAUUGAUGCAGCUGUAUAUGUAAAAUCAAUCAACCGCACUUUGUUUUUUGUUGGAACCAAAUACUGGAGCUUCAAUGAAAGAACAGCUCAGAUGGACAGAGACUUUCCUAAAACUAUUCGACGUAAUUUCCCUGGCAUUGGGUCACGGGUGGAUGCUGCUUUUGAAAAUGAUGGUUAUCUGUAUUUCUCAGAAGGUUCAAGGCAAUCGGAGUAUAAUUUCACCUCAAGACGAGUGAAUCGGUUUCUGUUGAACUAUGGAUGGCUAGACUGCUACUAAACAUUUAAAUGAAAAUGAAAAGAAAUUAAAUGAAAGUUGUACCUAUAGUAAUGUACCUAUAUUUUUCUGUUUUGUUUUGUUUUGUUUUUGAUGAAAUCUUAU